UUCAUUCACCAUUCAUUCUUUUUUUUCUCGUAAAUGUUUAUAAGGGAUUUAAAUGUUUAAAAGGUGUUAUAAUUGAAAAUAAUUAUAUUUAUAAUUAAAUAGUCCUUAAUAUUUCUUGUGAUUUAAGUAACUGCACCCAUUAGCAAUCAUGCGUUCUAGUUGAAAACAAGUGUUGAUAAAAACGCAAUAUGUGGUCGUUUUUCUCGCGAGAUCCUACAAAGGAUUUUCCUUAUGAAGUGGGUGAUCCAGUGCGUGGUUUAGAAGAUAAGACUGUGUGGUCUUUGCACAAGGGAAAGAAGAGGGGUACGCAAGAUGAAGUAUCGAUAUUCCUGUUCGACGUACAAAAGAAUUCGGAAACGAUGUUCGACGUAGCAAAGGCCUCACUCAAGAAACUUAAGACUAUGAGACACCCUAGCCUUUUACAUUAUUUAGAUAGCUGUGAAACUGAGAAAUUUUUAUAUGUAGCUACGGAAUAUGUAGAGCCUUUAGCUACCCACAUAGAUGAUAUGAAACUUGAAGGCCAACAAAAAGACUUGUUCUUAGCUUGGGGAAUUUUCCAAAUUACUAGAGCACUAUCAUUUUUCAAUAAUGAUGGUAACAUGAGACACAACAAUGUCUGCUUAUAUUCUGUCUUUGUCACACAAGCCGGUGAAUGGAAGCUCGGAGGCUUCGAGUUCCUCACUUCGCAUGGACAGGACACUUCAAACCCUAUUCCUAUGAAAAUUCUACCGGCACUUGAAAUAUAUGAUCCUCCGGAGAAAAAGGAUCCGGCCAAACUGAAGGCAGUAACAAAAUGUUCAUCAGACAUGUGGGGCCUCGGUUGUCUCAUCUGGGAAGCCUUUAACGGCCCCCUCAAAACCCAGCCAGCCCUAAAAACACUGGACUACAUUCCGAAGCAGCUGUGCACCCUGUAUUGUGAGCUAGUCAGUGCCAACCCUACGUCUCGGCCCAACCCUGCUGAUAUUAUUACGAGGUGUCGAAAAAUGGGUGGCUACUUCAAAAACGACCUUAUAGACACUAUGCUGUUUCUAGAAGAGAUCCAAAUCAAGGACAAGAUAGAGAAGGGUCGGUUCUUCUCCACGCUCAGCUCGUACUUGGACAACUUUCCGGAGGCUGUGUGUGUGCACAAGAUACUGCCUCAGUUGCUGACAGCGUUCCAUUAUGGGGACGCGGGGUCGGCGGUGUUGGCGCCCAUGUUCAAGCUAGGUAAACUGCUAGACGAGGAAUCGUACCAAAAGCAGAUCGUGCCGUGCGUGGUAAAAUUGUUUGCGUCAAACGAUCGUACCACGCGGUCGCGGCUGCUGCAACAAUUAGACCAAUUCAUAAUGCAUCUGCAGAACUCCACGGUAAACGACCAAAUUUUCCCCCAAGUGGUACACGGGUUCUUAGACACCAACCCCGUUAUACGCGAACAGACGGUCAAAUCUAUAGUGCAUCUGGCGUCGAAGCUCAACUACAAUAAUCUCAACGUUGAGGUGCUGAGGCACUUCGCGAGGCUGCAGUCUAAAGACGACCAGGGCGGCAUAAGGACAAACACCACAGUGUGCCUAGGCAAGGUUGCUGCGCACUUGCACCCGCAGAUCCGACAGAAGGUCCUCGUGUCGGCGUUCGUGCGAGCCACCCGGGACGCCUUCCCGCCCGCGCGGCAAGCCGGAGUGCUAGCGCUCGCGGCCACACAGCAGUACUUCCUGUUGGCUGAGGUGGCUAACAGAGUUCUGCCGGCGUUGUGUCCUUUGACUAACGAUCCGGAGAAACAGGUUCGCGACGCAGCGUUCAGGACUAUCAAGGGCUUCCUCGGCAAGUUAGAGAAGGUUUCAGAAGACCCAAGUCUGAAGGAAGGAAUGGAGGCGGACGUCCACACGGCCACUCCAUCCCUCAGCAACGCGGCGGCAACGUGGGCGGGCUGGGCGGUGACUGCCGUCACGGCCAAGUUCUACCGCUCGCACUCCGACACGGCGCGCGCGCAGCACCCCAAGUCCGUGCUGUCCAAGCCGGGGUCUCUAGAGCAACCAUCAUCGUCAAGCAUGUCAACUACAACUUCAUCAGUUACAUCGAUGACGUCACUAGAGCACAGCGAGUCUGCGUCCGACUAUGACCCCGACCACUGGGACAUGGCGGCGUGGGGCGAGAUCGACUCCAGCGCAGGCACGGGAGCGAGCGCCAAGUCCCCGGCGAGCAGCGGCAGCGCGGCCGCCGCGGCGCCGCUCAACACGCUGUGCGAGGACGACUGGGACAACGGCGAGUGGGGCACGUUACAGGAACAGCCCUCAGCAGAGGCGGAACUGGUGAGUCCUUCGGAAACGUGGAACAACUCCGCGUGGACGGAGCCCGCGGUCAACAACGCUAACGCUACAUACGUGCGCCCAGCGCUGCAACACAAGGAGCACCGGCUCGCGGCUCAACAAAACAGUAACGACUCGCUCGGCGGCUGGGAGGACGGAGAGUUUGAACCCAUUGAGGAGAAUGUUGAUGAAAACAACGCCUCGAAAAUGGACGAGAUGCGACGAAAGCGUGAAGAGCGCAAACUACAGCGACAGAGGGAGAUGGAAGCUCGGCGCAGCGCGAGAGGGCAGGGACCCAUGAAACUUGCUACCAAACUCACGGCGCCGCCACCGCCUUUCUAAAUACAAGUAUACGGUAACUAGUGAAUGCUCGCGGGACUGAUAUUGCAUGACGAGUCCCGGGAAUUACCGGUUCCGGGACUAAUUAUGUGUCUUUGAAAACCAGUACCGGGAGUAUCCUUGGUAACUGUCGAAUGUGUGAAGAGCGCAUACUAUAGCGACAGAGAGAGAUAGCGCGGGGUCAGGGCCUAUGAAAUUCGCUACCAAGCUCACGGCGCAGCCACCGCCCUUGUAUACAGGGCGAUCAAUCCAAAUGGGUCAAUAUGAAGAAGUCAUAAACUACGAGAGAUAGCUAAAUCUGUUCUUAGGAACCAUGGCGUCGAUUUUAGAUUUAAUAAUAACGACAUUCAAACUUUUUUUUAAACUCUCAUACAUAACCGGGAAUCGAACCUGGUCAAUAUUCUUUAUGUAAUUGCGUGUUAACGCUUGUUAAGAUUAUACGGAGGCUAGCUCAAAUUAAGCCUCAAAACAAGCCGCAAAACUUUUAUAAACUGAAAAAUGGUAUACAACAUGUCUAAUGGCUAGCCUAGCAGUAUGGGCCCAUAACUUUUAAACCCUAGCAACUACAUAUGUGGCUUUCUAUCAGAGAAGGGUCCUUAUGUUUCAUGUUCAAUAAGGACAUUUUUAUCAAAUUUAUGUUGGGAUUUCACAUGAAAAGGACCUUAUUGUACAUGAAGCAAUGACCCUUCUGUGUUGGAAAGCCGCAUAUUUUACAGGCAACAACCUUAUUUUGGAAUGCAUGUACGAGUACCUUCGUACUCUACUCUUUCAGGUGUUCAGCAACAUUUUUCAAAAUUUAGGAAAUAUACAGAUAUGGUGCAUAAUUAUUUUCCAUCGUUUUUUCACGGAAACGUACGAACGUGUCUUGAUAUUUCAGUCAGUCUCGGUACAAAAAGUAUAUACUGAGGUUGACUGAAGUAGCAUGCCAAUACGAACGUUUCCGAGAAAAUACGAUGGAAAACAAUUAUGAAAUACAUCUGUAUGACGAAACUUUUGAUGGCCCCGAGCCUUAUGUUUUAUGGCAUGUCGUAUAUGUGGCACUUUCGCCAAACGAAAAUGUGUUUUAUGGUAACGAGAUAAAGGUGACUGUUGGUAAAGCAGAGUUUCUAUCGUGAUCUUACCAAACAUUCUAAAGCAGGGGUUCUCAACCUUCUUAACCUUAGGGGUCUUUUUUCGCACUAUAAUUUAUGACGAAAAAAUCUUCGUUGACUCCAAAGGGUUUUAAGGUUGAGAAACGCUGUUCUAAAAUGUUACUAUAUUAAUCAUUAAUGUAGAUAAUAUUGUAUUAUGAUUAUUUAUUGUUAUUCAAGUUAUUAAUAUUUUUAGUUUACUCAAGUUUUUAAUUAUUGUAUAUAAGUACUAAAAUGUAUGUAUUUAUCAAAUCACUGCAGCGAAUGAAGCGAAAAUGUCAUAAUGUUGAUCAGUAGCUCUGAAAGUUUGGGAACAAGUGUUAUAACUGAUGCACCAAUAGAGCGUUCCAGUGAGAUUAGAAGCCAAUAAGGCGUUUUAAUUAAAUAUAAAGUGUUCUAUACAGACAAAAACGUACAGUCGACGUCGAAAUAUGUUUACACUUUUGCACCUUACUCCUUUGUAAUAAGGCAAAAAGUGUAAACAUAUCUUUGACGUCGACUGGACUACUUUGCCGGUCAAUAAGAGAUUUCUAUGCGAUUUCUAUGUAACGUCUUACCCCAUUAUUCAUAAACGCGCUACAAACCUCAAUUAGCUAAUAAUCGUUUGUCCUUAUCUGUCAUUUUGACUUAUGUAUUUGUAAGAAAGGGCUAAAACCUUCGAGCAACACCGGCUUCCGACACGUCGGAAGGGAGGGGCCCAAGCGAUAUCUCGCCGUACAAAUCUUUCUGCCAUUUUUCGCGGGGGGAAAGGUGCACACAGUCGCAUUUCUCACACACUUACAUACAAAAUCCAAUCUGUAAUGACGACACAAAUACAUAGAAAAUGACACACGUCAAAGACAAAUCUUGCAAACCUCGAUCUCUUUUUGUGUACGGACGAGUGACUAGUGUCACAACACGCACACUAACACACUUUCGUUGAAGUAUGUCAUUGUAUUCUGAGAGAUGUGAAGUCGGAUUUGUCGCUCGACCGAUCCGCAAUUUGUACUGAGCGAGCAAAAUCGAUAUAUCCAACAAUUACUUGAGACUAAAAUAUAAUAAUUGUAUUUAAAUGUAAUUUAACGUCUGAUAUGUAAAAAAAAAUAUUACAUGUGAAAUGUAACACUUUCUUUUUGUAAAUUUGAUGUCCCCGACCUCUUUUUAUAACAAAAAACCGAGCAAACAGGCAUUUUUGUGCAGCAGUAUAUCCACGCGCGCGUCUGGACUCGGUCUAGUGAAAAAUCCAAGUGCAACUAGUUUUAUUACCCGCGCUAGAUUAGAUUGACGCGCUAAUCUUGUACCUCGGCAGAGGGGAAAUAGUGCGAAUGCCGCCUCCCUUCCGUGUUGCUCGAAGGCUAAAACAUAAUUUAACUAAAUCACAAUCAGGCUCGUAAAUUUUAUAUGAAUAAGGGGGUUAGUGCCUUAUUGAUAACCGACAAAGUGGUAAAGUCGCCAUCAAAUAUAUCGGAGCGGCCAAGGUGCUCAUAAAUAUCUAAACACGCCUCCAUUAUCACGGCGUUAGAGUGUGUCCUAGGACCCACCUGGGGGAGCAUACACCGGCCGCGUGUGUGGAAGAGUAGGCCUAUAAUAUCAGUCGGGUUCAUAAUUAUGUAUACAUUUUUUCACCUUAUUGCAAUGGGUUAAGGUGAAGAAAUGUAUACAUAUUUAUGAACUCGAGCCACGAACGCAAGUGUCGUCACCGGGAUACUGCUUAAAACAUCUGACACAGAUGAAAAGGCCUUUAUUAUUAGAGCGCGUGUUCAGAUGUUUUUGAGCAUCUCGGCCGCUCCGAUAUAUCUGAUGGCGACUGUACUUUUUUUGCCUGACAAUGAUUCAAUUUUCAAUUCGUAUUGUUAAAGUGAUCUUUGCAACCUACGACUUACAGGUUUUGGACCCGAUGUGGUAAUUUAUUAUAUUGUAAUUGAUAUUUAGAGUUAGACCAAGAUUAGUUGCAACGAUUUUGAUAGCACACGCAGUGCAAGUGUUAUUUCGUCGGGUGACAAGCAAAAGUCACUAAUUACUAUCAAAAAAUUUAAGUAACAAUGCACUUUGUUACACUUGUAACACGGUUUAUUGUCCAAUAAUUUCAAUGGUGUUAGUUAGUGACUUUUGCUUGUCACCCGACGAUUUAUACGUCAUAAUUUCAUAGAAGUUUGACGUUUAACACAUUAAUAGUCGACGAAUUACGAUUAAAUAGUUUCGUGACGCGAAUUCACGUCUUCGGCAAUGAAUGGGAUAAAAUAACACUUGCAGUGCGUGUCCUAUCAAAAUCGUUGCAGACAUAUCUUGGACUAACCCUGUAAAGAAUUGGAACUGUUAUUAGAUAGGUGAGAGAAUUUAAGCCGCAUUUUUUUUCGGUCACGUCUCUAUUGACAGUUUGAGAUUCUUAGGGCCGUGGAGUUACUUGCC